UAUAAUAAAAGAGCGCCAGUGGAGAAUAUGAUGGCUGUGUGUGGAUUAUAAAAUGUUUGAGCAUUCACUAAGAGAAGCUACGAGAAAGGGGAAACAUCCUGACAGUCCUUUAGCGAAUUUCGUAGUCGGACGUUCACAACCUGCUCUCGAAGACCAACGUCAAUUUUGUCUAUAGACAUCUAAUGCUUUUUAAGCCUACAUGUACUCUUGAGAUUCCGUCGAAACAAACCUGUAUACUCUCUGUAUUCCAUGCUGACCUAUUCCAUUGUUGAGUAUCAGACUUCAGAGGAACGAUUCAUAGCUCGAGAAGAAAACAAGGACACGUCGAUCGUCGAUGUUUAAUGGAAUCAUUUCACGAGACUCACUGGGUCAACGGUCCAUUGGAUUAGCUGAAAGUACGUCUGCAUGGGGAGCAGUUACCUGGGUUAGCUAAAAGUACCUCUGAACUGCACGAGAGCAGUGAUUUGGAUAAGCGGCAGUCCCUCUGAACUGCAUGAGAGCAGUGACUUGGUUUGCUGCAGUCCCUCUGAACUGCACAAGGGCAGUGACUUGGAUUAGCUAAAAGUGCCUCUGUGCAUGCGAAGCAGUCUGACUUGGAUUAGCUAAGGUACCUCUGAAUUUCGUCGGAAGCAGAAACUUGGAUUAGCUAGUACAUCCGAACUGCAUGAGAAUCAGUUCCUCAUUGGAAUCAACACGCCUACCUGACGAUCAAAGUAUCUACGGCCUUUACGACGAGGCGGAAGGAACCUUCGUAGAGUUCCUCCGAUCCUGCGUAACCCACUGAACACAUAAAUCUGUUGUGAACUUACCUUAAAGUACGAUCGAACCCAGGAAGUGUUGCUACUGUCAGCCCUUAUCGGAUUGUACCCAGGGUCACGCGUUGUUGUUUAAAUCUCUGACACCUUUCAAUAUCAUUUGGUUCCAUUUGGUGAGACUUUGGUGGUUGCUACAGUUCCAAUAACGAAAUACAUGCACACUACACGUUAGCAAGUAUAAACUUUGCGUCACUCAGUCGUUUAUCUAUCAUUGAUGAAAGCUUUAAUGUGUUACGAGAGACAACGUUUUUGAUUGUUUUCUGGUAAUAACUAAUCAGUGUCGGCCAGCCAACAACAGCUUCUGCGAAUCCUUCAUGGAAUCCAGUUCCCUGCAGAUAACAAAGCUUCGUAACAUUCUGGGCCAAUAGCUAAAGUGCAAACUAUCGAAGACAUCCACAACUGUGCACAACCUCCUUUGCUUUGUUUACGCUCGCGGCCUUUCGUCACUUUCUUGGGAUAAGGCCCGCAACUUUAUGAUACCGCUACCCGGUAUAGCCCAUACACUUCGGUUACCAACUCGGGAAUAAAGAGCCUCCUGGAAAUCUAUAAACAGUCCAAGGAUAGCAUACCACAGCAGAAAAUAGCUACAGUGACAAAAAAUAACUUUAUCAUAUGUUACGAGUCACGUUUCUUAGGACAGUUUGGGACAAUACAUUAUCAAUUCUUAGCUAUCAUCAAGGAUCGGAUAGUUGCGGGAUUUCAUUAUACAUUAUUACACGAAGAGAUAAAUUAAACGCAUUCUGGACGAUCUAAAACAGCUCAAGGAUAGCAGAAAAUUACCGAACAAAAAUACCGUUUCUAUUUGUGGUGUACAAUAGAGAAAGAUGGAUAAGAGGACAGUUUGGGCGCUCGUGGCGUCCCUUAUUCUGAUCGGGACCGGAAUAGCGGUGGCGGUGUAUUUUGGAGUUUCUAUGGGAGGCAAGAAAGACCCUUAUGGAUAUGUUCCCGGCAGUGACUACUUUGACACAAUGGGUGACCCCCUGACAUUUUUCGGUGUGAGCGAUGCCCUGGACAUCGUCUGGUACCACGGAGCAAACACCAGGGCACAGACAAGGGACGCACUUACGGGCUACUUUAUGAUGGUGGAGGGGGACGUCACGCUAAGAUAUCAGGGUCUUCCGAAUCAAACAAACAUUCCAAUAAUGGCUCAACCUCCCGCGGUAGAUAGCGAUAUCACAUUUUAUGAAUGGCUUCAAACGUCAUUAACGAGACAAGACAAGGGUCUAAAAAUCGACUUUAAGAGUCUGGAGGCGAUUGAGCCAACACUCCGGAUCCUCAGCAGUCGGCGGUAUCUUGACAGACCUGUCUGGCUGAACGCCGAUGUGGCCAUCGGGCCAGGUGGAGCGAACGCCAAGCAGCAGCCAAUUGAUGGCAAGCGAUUCCUGUCUUUGGUACAGAAGAACUUCCCCCGAGUGACGCUCUCCCUGAGCUGGGUGACUGACUGCUGCGGGGAGACCUACACCCGCGCCAUGAUGGAGGAAAUGUGGCAGCUCUGCAAGGACUCGGUGCAGCCUAUCACCAUUGGCGCAAGGGCGUCGCUGCUGACGCAAUCGUGGCCUGAAUUUAAGUGGCUGCUGUCCAAAUCAUCAAAAAUGACAAUCACAGUUUCGACACCAAAAGGUGCGGAAGACUGGGAAAACGUCUCCAUCUUCGACAUGCUCCACAUCUGGAACGACUUCGACAAGAGGCGGGUCUAUUUCGACCUGCCGGGAAAACGCUUCGAGAUGUUGCAAAAACUCGCAGUGACGGCUGCCAGUCUCUUGAACUACUUCCCGCUCAAGUCUCGCGAUGCUCUCGGGAUCACGUGGGCUCAUGCUGCCAACAGUAAGGCGGAGGUGUCCAAGGCUUUAAAGAGUGAUGUUCUGAUGCUUGAGGCCGAUAUCAUCGUGAGGGGUAGAGGAACAGCUAAUGAGACCACCGUCCCGAUAAUGGCACAUCCUCCCGCCACAGACAGCGACAAUACGUUCUACAUGUGGCUACAAGCGGUCCUGAUGACCAAUAAAGGGAUCAAGUUAGACUUCAAAGACCUGGCGGCGGUCAAACCCACCCUCGAGUACCUAAAACAGCAAAAGCACCUAAUCCGUCAACCAAUAUGGCUGAAUGCUGACAUCCUCAAGGGCCCACAAGGAAAAGAUCCUAUGGACGCCAAAAUGUUUUUGAAAUAUUGUGAGGAGUACUUUCCUAUGGCGACUCUAUCGAUAGGUUGGACGACGGGAUGGAGUAAUAGCGAUUCUGAUCAAGUUUAUACGCAAGCUAUGAUCGACGAAAUGCUGGAGUUAAUAAAAGACGUAGAACAACCAGUGACUUUCCCAGUACGGGCAGCAAUGGUGAAAAAAUCGUGGCCUAUAUUAAAGAACUUAGUUGAAAAAUCUAUAGCAUAUACGUUGAGUAUUUGGUCAUCUACAGCGGACAUUGUUGACUCUGAUGACAUGGUGCAUGUAAGGAAUAAUAUAGCUAAAGAAAAGGUUUAUUACGAUCUCCCUGAGCCACUCAAUAAUGCAUUUAUGAACAAGAUAGGAUUUAAGUAUAACUGAGCUUCAAAUGAAUCUCUUGAGCUUCAAAUAAAUCUCUUGAGCUUCAAAUGAAUAUCUUGAGCUUCAAAUGAAUCUAUUCAGCUUCAAAUGAAUCUCGUGAGCUUCAAAUGAAUCUUUUCUGCUUCAAAUGAAUCUUUUCAGCUUCAAAUGAAUCUCUUGAGCCCCAAAUGAAUUCGUAUAAGAAUAGUUAAGGGAGCAGUUUGAUAAAUUUUCCAAGCAGACUACCAUUCAAGCGUGUCUCUGCCAGUACAUAGCUUCCAUGUUGUAUAGUGCCAUUUUUGUGCGAUGGCCAGCGACCUCCUUGGAUGACAAUGAAGGCGAUGCAGACACCAUAAUUAUGAGGUCAGGUUUGCGACUGUCACACACGAAGUGAUGAAAGGCUUGUACAAUUGCAUAUUUUCAUCGCCCUAGUUACGACACCAACGCUUUUUCAUUAAAUAAACAAGUCUGUUGUGGCUUCUUGGAUAUUUCUUGGAUGAUAUUUGAUGAGUAUACUAUUCGGACGACGUCAAACGUGGAGAGAUUCUAUGGCGGGUGCGGAUUGGUUGCUGUCGUUUGUCUCAUUCUGUCCUCGCCGCGACAGCACCGUAUUUACAGUGAACUCACCAGGAGCCGUCAUGACCGAAACUAACAUACAUUAUGGGGGGGGGGGGCAUAGUAUAUACAUGUAGGUUCCCAAUGACUGUUAUGGUUAGCCAUAAUGUACAUAAUUGAUAUGAGUAAGGUAGUAUUCAUAACUUGUGUGGUUGUAUUGUCCAACAUUAUAUGUUGGGGUAAGGUAUUUAAUGAUUAAAUUGUAUUUGAGUCAAACAUCCUAUGUUGUUUCUGCUUGGUGGAUAUAGUACUUUCCUAGUGACGAGCGAUAAUUAUCACCGCUCAGCUCAGCUAGCGGGAAAUUCGAUUUUGAUAACAUCGUUCGUCGCACCAAAACCAAUUAUCUGCGAUGACCAGCUGACUGGCAAUUUUUGUUUUAUGCAAUAAAUAUUGCACAUGAGAAAAAUCAUUCAGGGACAACAAUACUCAGGGCAGAUAAUUUUCCUGAUUCUGACUACAAAAACUGUGCAUUUAAUUAUUGAUGGUUAAUUACUUUUUGUUUUCAAUAUCAUCAUUAAGUGUGUACAGUAAGCCUAUAUCUGGUGUCAUGAAAUCGAAACAUUGGGCAGAAAAUGCAGUAAUUUUAAUUAAGUGCCAUCACAUUACUGUUUUUGUAUAGAAAUAACUUGAAUUGUACUGAUUUAAUUGAAUUGAUUGUAUACGCGUCUUCACUGACGGUGGAUCGUAAACACAUGAUUGCAAUGUCGAAUUGUAAUAACGGUCCGGAUAUUUUUUUACCAGCCCUGGGAAAUUCAAAACAUCCAUCGGCCAGUGCUUCUAUGAAUAUACUGUAAUGUUAUUAUUUCUACUGAUUUCAAUAAAGUUUUGAACUUUAAAA